UGCAUAUUUGUUCAUAGUAACGAUUAUAAUCGAGCAAUUCCAAUUUUUUAAUCGUGCAUGUGAUCACAGUUGGCGGCGAGGAUAAGAUUCUGGACAAGUAUCUGACGCUCAGUCGCGUUACAUUUUACGGAUUCAGUACAAUGGCCUUCUUCCUCGUUAUCGCUCUGUUAUUCCUUGUGCCCGUGGAGAAUGGAGAACUUCCGGUCAGAGCACGAUAUCCCUUCGACACGACCAAAUAUCCAUGGCACGGGAUUGGUUUCUUUGUGGAAGCCUGCACAAUUUCCGUCGGCCUGACAGGCAUCAUCGGGAUGGACAGCUUGCACACCAAUCUCUGUAAUCUAUUUCUCGUGCAACUUGAAAUUUUAAACGCGCAUUACAAAAAUUGUAGCAACAACGACCAGUGCGACGCGCCGUCAGACAAUAUCGAUAGACAAGAGAAUUUACAUGCCACGAAUCGAAGCGCUCGCUGCAAAAUAUUUUGCACGUUCGGGGCCAGAUACGAAAAGGAAAAUUACGAUCCGGACAAGAUCCGCCGCGGCGGUUUCACCAGGCAAUUCAGACGAUCCGUCCGCAAUCAUCAACGUCUGCUCGCCAUAAUAGACGACUUCAACGAGGUCUUCAGCGCCGGCAUGUUCGUUCAGAUGCUUUCAAGCACUACGAUGAUUUGCCUAACUGGCUUCCAAGCCGCCUUGGUGAGCAGUCGUGAUAAGUCAAAGUGCCGUCGCGGUCAGAUCGUGAUCGCAGUUUCGCUUUGUUUCGAACAGGUCAGAGGCCAGAGCUCCAACACCUACAAGUUUUCGAUAUACCUGGCGGCGGCCGUCUCGCAGCUCUUCUAUAUCUGUUGGGUAGGCAACGAAGUGAUGUACCAGAGCAUGUCACUGACGCAAAGCCAGUGGCUUUCGAAAUGGAGCGACGAGCUUACCGUCAAAACAGGACGUUUAUUAAUCCUGUCUAUGAUAUUUUCAAAAAGAACAUUGAAUCUGAAAGCGGGAGUGUUCUACGUUUUAUCCAUGGAGACGUUCACCGCAGUGAGUAUAUGUCGAAAAAAAGCAACUUUUAAUGAUCUUUCGUAUUCGCAGACCGGUCGAGUAUCGCGUGAUAAAUCUGGUUUCAUUAGAAAAAUAGAUUGCAGUAAUUAAAUGGAAUUAAAGUAGCUUGA